CUUCUAACGACCUAAUGUAUCCUUAAGUGUCUGGUUUGAACGUUACCGUUACGGUAAAUGUUACAAACAGGUUUUAGAAUUCAACCAAACUGGGAUAAGGCUUUAAGUGAAAAUGAAAAAUACAUCUGGUUUCAUCAGUAUGACACUGUUUCUACCAAGUAUCACAAACUGGAGAACAGAGGGUUUUCGCUGGUACCGGAUAACCAAAAUGUUUUUUGUGAUUUGGUUACACCUAAGCUCUUAAAACUAUCGUCAGAAAACCCAGUCAUCAACAAAUUUUUUCAGUGUCCAGAUUCCUCCUUCGACGUUUUGAGCGGUAUUUCUAGAAAUGCAGGUCAUGAUUCAGUAACCUGUAAUCAUCAGCCUCGUCCUCAUGUAUUUUCUUUUGAUGUUAGUGCAAGUGGUGAACAUUUUAUUGCUUCUUUCACUGGGUCAUCUGUAAACUUGUAUGAAAAUAUAACGGGAAAUAUUCGGCGUUCUCUCGAAGGUCAUGUCGGAGAUGUAUAUACCUGCAAAUUUUUUCCAUCUGGGCUAGUUGCACUCACAGCAGGCAGUGAUAUGCAGUUAAAAAUUUGGUGUCUCAUUACUGGUCGUUGUGCAGCCUCUCUUGGUUUAAAUUGCACUAAUUCUAAUAAUAAAAAUGAACCAGGAGGUCAUAGGACUGGUAUCCUAGACACGGCCAUCAUAGAUCGUGGUCGUAAUAUUGCGUCUAUAGAUCGACUAGGUUGGUUAAGGCUAUGGGAUGUAGCGACACAAACUUGUAUAUCAGCAAUCCCAGUAACCCUUAGUGCUGUUAAGCCACAUACUGUUUCUUCAACGGUUCUCGAAGAAAUAACAUGUUUAGCAAUCCGAAAACAUCCUAGUUUACCGAUUCAAACAGCUGAUCUUAUCAACCCAGAUUCCUGGUAUGAAGUUCAAGAGACAUCUUCAACAACAGCCCAAGAAGUUGCUACAUCGGAUGCCCUGAUUGCUGUUGGGACUGGUACUAAUGCAUCAGUUCGUUUAUAUGAGCUGGGUGCUCGUCAGAAAGGCUGUGUUGCUCAGUGUACGUUACCGAGUGCCAGUGGAUCGGUCGAGGCAUGUGCUUUUCCUGAAGAUAUACCGAUACCAUUUUCAAAAGAAAUUCAAUUCAUCAAUGUACCUAGAAGUUGUGUUUCUAGCUUUAUGGACUAUGGAAUUUUUGCCGGUGGCCAGCAAGGAGAACUUGCCUCAUGGGAUAUACGUCAAACAAAACAACCGUUAUGGCAGUUAAAUCAUGAAAAAGGUGCUGUUCAACAAAUACGUGUAUGUAGGCGACCUAAUUGUCAAUAUCUAUUGCUUGUUGUUAGCCGAAAUGACGGACGAACUCUUGUUUAUCCGUAUGAUCCAGCAACAGCACAUAGUGAUGCACAAAUCCCUACUAGUCUGGAGCUUACUGGAGUGAAUUGUGAACCUAUAUGUGGUCUUUCAAUGGUUUAUAAACCGUCAGGAGAAAUUGGUGUUUGGAAUGCAGCUCGCGGUGGAACUGUUAAUCAUUACACCAAACUUUUAGAUGAGAUAACGUUUAAAAACUUAUAAACGAUUACAGAGGUCAAAUGCGUGGAAAUCAGAUUUUUGUUUUGUCAACACGGUAAAUUUUAUCCUUGCAUUGAAAACCAUGAUAUUAUAUUUAUCAUAUGCGUACAAAUUGUUCUAAAAGCAAACCAGUGAUUUUUAAAAAAAAUAUCUUAUUGUUAUAAAAUCACUCAAAAGGAAUAAAUUAACGACGAUCAGUUUUCCCAGUCCCUCGUUUGCCUGAAAACAGAUGUUUUGGUUUUAGUGUUGGAAUAUGACGAUCUCCUUCUCCUUUCCG